AUGCUUGACUCCCCUUCACACUCUUCGUCGUCACGGCUCCUCGACGUCAACAAGGAAAGUCAUAUCACUAGGGAAUCUCAUCUUAAAGGAAACCACACGCUACAUGAUGGUUCUAAGUCGCAGACAUCCCGUCACCACAGUCGUAGAAAAGUCAUUAUUGGCCUUGUUGCCGUUGCUGUGAUUGCCAUCUUUCUGGUAGUUUUUUUGCCUGUGUUUUUUAUUGUCAUUCGGAAAAACGACUCGCGGAGAACAGGAGGCAGCGGAGUUCCCAAUCCAAACUCACCUAGUGGAGCUAUAACAGGGGGCGAUGGUUCCAUUAUCAAACUUGACAAUGGAACGACAUUCACAUACAGGAACCCAUUCGGAGGAUUUUGGGUCCAGGAUCCUGGAGACCCAUUCAACAACAAUGCUCGGCCAAAUUCAUGGACACCGCCUCUCAAUUCCCGUUGGCAAUGGGGCAAAGACCGAGUCUACGGGGUCAACCUUGGUGGCCUUUUCGUUCUGGAACCAUUCAUUACUCCAUCGUUAUUUCAACAAUAUCCGGACGCCAAAGACGAAUACACCCUGAGUCAGGCCAUGGCGGCGGAUCAGACAAACGGUGGACUAAAUCAACUCGAGAAUCAUUACAACACGUUUAUUACGGAACAGGAUAUUGCGGAAAUAGCAGGUGCUGGGUUAAAUUUUCUCCGCAUACCACUUGCAUUCUGGGCGAUUGAAACAUGGGAGGACGAACCAUAUCUAGCCAAGACUUCCUGGAAGUAUUUCCUUCGUGUAUUGGGUUGGGCAAGGAAGUAUGGUUUACGCGUAUGUUUGGACCUGCAUGCUGUACCUGGCUCGCAAAAUGGCUUCAAUCAUUCUGGCAAGUUGUCACCCGUUAAUUUCUUGGCGGGAAAUAUGGGGCUGGCAAACGCCCAAAGGACGUUGUAUUACCUUCGGGUUAUCACGGAGUUCAUAUCCCAACCAGAGUAUCAGGAGCUCAUCCCUAUCUUUGGUAUCGUAAAUGAGGCGUUGGUGGGCACCAUUGGCGUUGAUUCCAUCACGAGUUUCUAUCUCGAAGCACACAACUUGAUCAGGAAUAUCACUGGAUCGGGGGAAGGUAACGGACCAUACAUUGCAAUUCAUGAUGGAUUCCAGCCCCAGACCAUGUGGUACAACUUUUUGCAAGGUUCUGAUCGUAUCAUACUGGACCAACAUCCAUAUUUCUCAUUCGGUGGACCCCAAACUGCGCCAAUAGGAGUAGUGGGCGAUCAAGGGAUUCCAGGAGGCCAGUGGCCAUUGACGGCUUGCAAUGUCUGGGGCCCGACCACGAACACGACGCGAGCCAACUUUGGAGUGAUGAUAGCGGGAGAAUUUUCGGCCAGCCCAAAUGACUGUGGCUUUUGGCUGCUUGGAGUCGGAAGCCAAUCGUCCAAUCCCGUUUGCCCCGAAUUUGAUGCCUGGGAAACAUACAACGACACUAUGAAGCAAGGUAUCCAGAAUUUUGUUUCCGCGAGCAUGGAUGCCUUUGGAGAUUGGUUCUUUUGGACUUGGAAGAUUGGCCCCACUGAAGCUGGGCGAAUUGAAACCCCUCUAUGGUCAUACCAACUGGGCCUGAAAAAUGGCUGGAUCUCGAAAGAUCCUCGCUCCGCAUCCGGAUUAUGUGCGUCGAUAGGCUCCCAGACCGAAAAUUUCAACAAUUCUUAUCAGCCAUGGCAAACGGGUACGCCAUCUUCCAUACCCGCUUCUUCCACCUCUUCGUUCCCUUGGCCUCCGACCACGAUCAGCGGAGCCGGCGUCUCUAUCAACCUUUUGCCCACAUACACUGAUACUGCACCUAUCAUCACUUUGCCACCUGCCACGUUCACGGCGGCCCCUAGCUCUAUAACUGCACCGGCAAAUGGGUGGUUUAACAUGCAGGAUACAGAGGGAGGUAUAACCACUGUCGAUGGUUGUCCUUACCCCAGUGAAUAUGACGGUAUCUUCUCAGUUGUGCCGACGGCUCCAUGCACUGGCCCUGUAUCAGCUCCUAGUUCUGUUAUAUGA